ACCACCCUGUAUAUACUCCGGAAUUAUUAUUUUGUAAAUUUUCAAUCAUAUUUUCUCCUGUGCAAAAUUGUGUAAUUUCGACUUAUUCAAUCAUCGUUAUUACAUUUUAGUAAUCAUGGAUCUCUACCAAGAACCAUUUGUAAAUCCAGCUUAUCAAUAUAUUCUUGCUUUUCAAAAAUUAUCAUCGUUUUUAUUAGUGAAUCCAUACAGUAUUACUUCCGUUCUAAAUGAUGAAGGAAAGAUAGUAAAACUUGAGAAAAGGAAACGAACCUGGAAAAUGUUCAUUUUCGGAUACCUUUGCAUUACUGGCAUUCUUACCAGCACUUUAACUCUUGUGCUCAACACAUUUCGAGGCCUCACAUCCUUGAAAAAGAAUCCGACCCAAUUUUAUACCGUGGCGCAAAUGUGCACCGUCCUGAUCUCAGACUAUUACCUGAUAUAUCUUUUCUGGUUUCGAAAACGCAACUUUAUGACAUUGUCCAAUACGUUGUUGCACUUGGGGGACACGGUAAAUACUUCAAAAAGAGACAAUGUAUUCAUAAAAUUACUACCAAUUUGGACCACAUUCGCACCCAUCUUUAUGUACGUGGCUCCAACGUUGCUGUCAUACAUCAACGGAGUUAGGAAUUUUAGAUAUUCAUACGUUAUUAAUUUUAAGAGGUCAUUAAACUUGAACCAAAUUAUAUUUUCUGGAGUGGCAAAAUUACUACGGGAUGAGCCAUGGAAUGAUGAGAACGAUUGGGUUCUAUUUUAUUCAGACUAUGCACUUUCUUCCUUGCUUUUCAUUUUGACUCUGCAUUAUUCUGUGUAUUCCAUGUUGGCUGAGGUAAUGCUGAGCAGCUACAUAUGCUUCGUAACCUACAGGGUGGGAUGCAACUGUGACGAAUUUCUAAAACGGAACCAAAAUUUGGGCUAUAACGAGAUAUCUAAGUUAUACCGAGAAAUGAAAAUAUUUACAUAUGAGCUGAAUGAAACCUUUGGGGUCGUAAUAUUAGGCACAGUAACGAUGGGGCUUGUCUAUUUUAGUCAAUCCUUCCUUGAAAUAAUAGACCCUGCCCCAAUUACCAUUCGGAGAUCAAUUAGCGUGCUAAUUUUGAUGAUUUAUGUGACCAGUUUCUUCUGGGCGGCAGAAGGAGCAGUGAAGUUUGAGUCGUUGGGAAAAUAUAUUUCUCUACGAUUCUCGAAGCCAGGCUAUAAGAAUAACGUAGAACUACUCGCAAUCCAAAAUGACCUUUAUUAUAAUCCUUUGGGGCUUCAUGCUUUCAAAUUUCUUAUCUCUUAUGGAUUUAUUGUUAAGUGUCUUGGAACCGUUGUCACCUAUAUGAUAGUUUUAAUACAGUUCCAGUACUCCACUACUAGCAAUAAUAGUGGCAAGAGUGUAAAUAACAACAUGACGACAGCAAAUUAAAGAUUUUGCACUGGUAGCAUCAUUUGGCCAUAGCGAUUGAAUUGUAAUCGUCGCAAUGUGUGACGACCAUUCAUAAACCUGUUUUUGGAAAAUAUGCAUGCUGCACAAAAUUUUCCCUUAAUCAACAUACAUAAAGAACGAAAGACGGAUAUAUUUUCCAUAGGACAGGGACUUUGGAAGGUCGCAUAAGUUGUUAAUUUUUACACUAC